AUGUCUUCUCCUGACCACCCAAAAGAAUCUCCGUAUGAGAAAUUCAUUCACACGCCGAUUAAAUACUACGAAGAAUACAUUCCCGUGACAAUAACAGGGCCAGAUGGUACUAUUCUAUACGAAAACGCACUCUUUGGCCUACUUCAUGAGAUAAUUCGCCGUGACGACGUCGACUCUCUCCAACAAUAUCUCGCCAUUGCUCCUGAAGCAAUUGGAAGCGAGGACUACGAUGGUCCGGACUAUUACUCUAUCUUCCAGUUUGCACACGAAAGCGGGAGUUUUGGCGCACUUCGGUUCCUACUAUCUCACCAGAAAACAGUACCCGAAUGUGUGAGCUACAGGCAAGAAAUGUGGCCCCUCCUGAAUGAAGCUGCACACAAAGCUGAUGUGGAUUUUGUACGAUUUUUGCUUGACAACCAGCCAGCGUUUGCUAGUAUCCAUGAGCGUGAUGUCUUUGGAUGUACCCCCAUUCUGGAAGCUGCUAGCAUCUGGCCAGGUGGUUACGGCGAGGUGACAACCCGGGAGCCAUCAGUGGAGAAAAGCGAAGCUGUCAUGAACUUGUUGUUAGACUGGGGUGCUUCUCCUUCCGACGUUGUUGUACACCCCGAGCGUACAACCCACACUGUGCUGACAUCGGCUGUACGAUGGGCAAGCCCAGUGCUGGUCAAGAGGCUUAUCGAUGGUGGUGCUGAUGUUCAUGCCAAGGUAACAGCACGCCAUGUUGGGCUCGACUGUGAUCAUAUUUACAACAUGACUGCUGUCUCUUUUGCGGCGCUCCAUGCCAACUUCGAUGUUAUCCAAACUAUUUUCGACUAUCGAGGUGUUGGAGUCGAAAUUCGAGAUAUAGUAUCAUUUCGCGACAGUAGUGGUAGCUAUCCACUUCAUUGGGUACACCGCGGCCAUAUGUCUCGUGGGCAAAGACCUUACAUGACAGAGGCCGAAAGAGGACAAACGAUUCAGGACGUUAUCAAGUUUACUGAUCUGCUGAUCGAUAUCGACCGCUCGGCAAUCAACAUGCAAGACGAUCUCGGCAACACGCCACUACACUACGCCACAGAGCAUCCUCUUCGAAACUAUAAGCAAUAUAAUUCAGUUUUCGAAUUACUUUGCAGCAAGGGCGCUGACGCAAGCAUACGAAAUAAUAGAAGGGAGACACCGUUGCACACCAUCCUGAGCCACGCCUUCACAGCCGACAAUGCCGACACCAAAGCACUCAAUCUUCUAUGUACCCACGGCGCCUGUGUCAGAGACAAUGACGAGGAUGGAAACUCGCCCUUACAUCUGGCAUUGGCUGAACUAGGCCCAGUCGACGUGGUUUCUUUUUUGCUGGAGCAAGGGGCCGACCCCAACUGUAUGAAUGUGGAGCACAACACACCCCUUCACCUUGCUACUUCACAUCCUCACCAUGGGCAGGAGUCGAGGAAACAUCAAGACGAUGUUAUUAAAAUGGUGUCCGAGGUUGCCGGAACUGUCGGUGUGAAUGUACUUCUGAACGGUGAGGGAAAGACGGCGCAACAACUAAUCCAAGAACAGAAGAAGCUAAGGGAAGAAUAUGAUAUUAGAUGGCUGGAAUUGCGAAAAGCGUGUGCUUAG